CGGUUGGUGACGGCGCAAUCUUGGAAAAAGAGUUACGCCGACAAGCGAAGAAAAGAUCUAGAGUUCGCGGUUGGAGACCGUGUGUUUUUAAGAGUAUCGCCGAUGAGAGGAGUAAAACGGUUUGGGGUCCGUGGGAAGUUAAGCCCCCGAUACAUCGGGCCGUUUGAGAUAUUAGAGCGUGUGGGUGCGGUGGCAUACAAGCUCGCACUACCACCGAGACUCGCGGGAGUUCACAAUGUGUUUCAUGUGUCGAAUCUUCGAAAGUAUAUUCGCAACUCGACACAUGUAUUAGAGUACGAGCCCGUGGAGCUACGUGAAGAUAUGUCUUAUGAGGAGUACCCGGUGUGCAUCCUCAAUCGAGAAGUGAAGAAAUUGCGAAGUCGCAAGAUUCCAUAUGUAAAAGUCCAAUGGAGCAACCAUGCUGUGCGAGAAGCCACUUGGGAGCUCGAAGAGUCAAUGCGGAGAGAGUAUCCACAACUAUUCGAAUCGACGAGCUAA